AAUGUUUCCCGUGAGAGCUCUCAUAUCACAAGCCAAUAAAGCUAGCACACAACCUUCAACAUCAUUCACGCAUUUCCUUCCUCUUGAUCUGUCUCCAUUUUCAACGCACUGAAAUCUAUAAUUUUUCACUUCUCUAUCUCCAACACUUUUGGUGCUCUGAAAACUUCAAACACUCUGUUUUUCCAAGAAUUUUGGUUCUUCAACUUCUGGGUGUUUGAAAUUUUCAUUUCUUAGAAACUUUUUUGAUCUGGGUAUUACUUAUUAAUUCUAAUUUCAACUUUUGAGUUUUCAAUAAGAUCCAUUAUAAGGUUCCCAGGUUUUACUUUGGUUUUUAGAACUUUCUUUUGGCAAUUAGUAUAUACACAUUAUUGGUCACAACUGUCUCUUUAAUUCUAUCUUUGUGUGAUCUAUACUUUACUUGGUUACUUAUAUUGAAGCUCUAAAGCCUAUACUUUACUGGGAUUAGUGUAUUGUUGCUUCAUUUGUGAUCAAGCACCAUCAUUAGGGGUUACUAGUUUAUGGGCUAGUCACUAGUGUGCUGGUGGAGUACUAUAAUGGAUUCUUUCUGUGCAACCUUGAAGUCCACUACCCAUUUGAGAAAAGUCCCCAAAGGUGAUCUCAGUAAUGGGGAUAGUGGGUUUUUUGGGGAGAGGAUCACAGUGAGUCAAAAAACCAGUGUGGGUGUGAAUCAAUUCGGAAAAAGUUUGAGAACUGAGAAAAGGGUGAGGAAGAUCAAACCUGGGGUUGCUUUCUCUGUUUUGACAACAAAUACUGACAAAGAGACUCUGCAGACCAUACAAGUACCGCGAUUUGAGAGACGAAGAGCAAACCCGAAGAAUGUGGCUGCGAUUAUAUUGGGUGGAGGUCAAGGGACUCAACUCUUUCCCCUUACGAGCAGAACUGCAACACCCGCUGUUCCAGUUGGAGGAUGCUACAGACUUAUAGACAUUCCAAUGAGCAACUGCAUCAAUAGCGGCAUAAACAAGAUUUUCGUACUCACCCAGUUCAAUUCUGCUUCCCUCAAUCGUCACAUUUCGCGGACAUAUUUUGGAAAUGGUGUGAACUUUGGCGAUGGAUUCGUGGAGGUUUUGGCGGCCACUCAAACGCAAGGGGAAUCAGGUAUGAAGUGGUUCCAAGGGACUGCAGAUGCCGUAAGGCAAUUUAUAUGGAUGUUUGAGGAUGCUAAGAACAAGAACAUUGAGAAUAUAAUUAUCUUGUCAGGAGAUCAUCUUUACCGCAUGGAUUAUAUGGAACUUUUGCAGAAUCACAUAGACAGAAAUGGUGAUAUCAUGGUUUCAUGCGUGCCGGUGGGGGACAGUCGCGCCUCAGAUUUUGGACUGAUGAAGAUUGACAGCAGAGGGCAAGUCAUCCAAUUUGCUGAAAAACCUAAGGGUGCUGAUCUAAAAGCAAUGCAAGUGGAUACCACUCGCCUAGGGUUGUCUCCACAGGACGCCAUGGAAGCUCCGUACAUUGCUUCAAUGGGAGUCUAUGUAUUUAGGACGGAUAUUUUAUUGAACCUUCUGAGGUGGAGAUAUCCAACAUCCAAUGACUUCGGUUCUGAAAUCAUUCCUGCAGCUGUGAUGGAGCACAAUGUCCAAGCAUAUCUAUUCAAAGACUACUGGGAGGACAUUGGUACAAUAAAAUCUUUCUAUGAUGCUAACUUAGCCCUUACUGAAGAGAUUGCGAAGUUUGAAUUUUAUGACCCACAGACACCAUUCUUCACGUCCCCGCGAUUCUUACCACCAACCAAAAUUGAUAAAUGCCGGAUUAAGGAUGCAAUAAUCUCACAUGGGUGUUUCUUGAGAGAAUGUAAAGUUGAACACUCCAUUGUUGGCGAACGCUCGCGUUUAGACUUUGGCGUUGAGCUCAAGGAUACCUUGAUGCUGGGGGCAGACAAUUACCAAACAGAAUCUGAAAUUGCAUCCCUGCUAGCAGAGGGGAAGGUCCCAAUUGGGAUUGGAAGGAACACAAAAAUCAGGAAGUGUAUAAUUGACAAGAAUGCAAAGAUAGGGAAAGAUGUCAUCAUCGUGAACAAAGAUGGUGUUCAAGAAGCAGACAGACCAGAGGAAGGAUUUCACAUUCGAAACGGGAUCACCAUUAUAUUGGAGAAGGCAACAAUUAACGAUGGAAUGGUUAUAUAAAUGGAUCUCAGGUAGCCAUGGACUAGCUUGGCGGUGAGUGUUAGAGAUGCUCAAGGGAUGGUGAACCGGAGUCGCGUUCUCGGCAGUAGCUUCAAGUAUGUAAAUUAAUAUCUCCCAAGUUGCAUGUAAAAAGUGGUACAUAAAGAGCUUGUAGCUGAGAAAUGAUGUUGAAUAAAAUUGAGGCUGCCCCAGCUUGCUUACUUUCUUUCCCUUGUA